AUGAAUUGCAUUGAUGCGCGAGCCGAGUGCCAUCGCACUCGACAGGCGAGAGUCCAUCGACCUCGAGUUUCCCGUAUUGACGCCUUAUCUGAGAGAUUAGCAAGACUCGAAAAAGGAGAUCAGAAUGAUUCCGUAUUCUUGUCACCACCAUCAGUGAUAUCAAAUCAUGAUGCCUCUCGAACUGCACCCACAUCCCCCCAGGCAAGAUAUUAUGACCCUGCGAGGGCCUCUAUCAAGAGGAAGCAUCACCAAGAGCCUCUGCCCCAUGAAGUAAGCCCGUCUGAACAGACAGAUAGAAAGCGCAGGAUAUCGCAAACGACCGGGCAAAAGGGCCAUGGUGAACGUCACUCUCUUGGCUCGACACGCCAUGCCAGUGAAGCAAGAGAGUAUAUUGAGUCUGAGCUUCAGUGCAACCCGGCGCUUUCCCACGACAGGCGGACUGCGCUGGAAACGGCUCGGAAGUUCGUUGGUCAGCUGUCAAACCCCGGUCUUCAGCGACAAGAAGCUGGCGUGAUUGAAGAUAUUGACAUUGAUGAGAACUGGACACCGCCAACUCUCACGCCUGAGUUUCUGCACAUGAUGCUGCCAGGGCCCGACAAAAAAACCAAUUCCCAGACCAUUUCCUGGCCGGAUCAUAUCUCCGAUAGGACUUUGGAACGAAUGGGCCUUGCAAUUAUAGAGCGAACAGAAAACGAGACAAUACUUCAGCUAUAUCGUAUUACCGUCUGGGUCAAGGCAAUCUGCUUCAUAUCAGCCUUGGCGCCCAUGAUAUCGAGCGAGCCGCUAAAGGUUCACUUCAGAAGACUCAAGAAGCAAUACGAGGUAUCUGCGAUUGAUGAACUAAAUUCUAUCCCACUCACAGCUCCUCCAAGCCUGGCAUUGCUCCAGGCAUUACUUUCCGGGAAACGAUUGUACCAGUAUUUAGGAAACAUGUCACGCUGUUGGAUGUUCACAGCCGUCGCAUCUCGAGUCCUCGUCGCUCUCAACUACCACAAUAUCACGGAUGCAGAGCCCCAAAAUGACGUGGAAGACGAUAUCCACGCCUGCGUAUACACGUGUUACUAUUUUGAUAAGACUCUCAGCCUGCUUCUUCUUCGGCCUCAAUCUUUACCAGAUCUCAAGGUCGAGCCAGCACAGUUGAUACACAUGGAUUCUGGGCUUCCAACAACACCCAUGAUAACAGCGAUUGUGGAGUUCUCUCACUUGAAGAACACACUCGUUGAUAUUCUCCUCGAUAACAAGGAAAUGGGGGCUAUGGAAAAAGCCACUAUCCUUUCUGACCUUGUCGCCCGAGCGCACACGAUACACGCGAGUUUCCAAGCACAUCGAAGCCGUCAAGAAAUGGAGUAUCCUGAUUCUUGGGAGAUCCUCCGGUGCGAAUGGCUAUCGAUGGACUUCAAUUAUUAUUCCCUCACCACCACAAUCAUUCGAGCCCGAUCAGCAGUCCUGAAAUCCCGGCUGGUCUGUGAAGACUGCCUCUACGCCGCUCGAAAGGCUUUGACUACCCUCCGAGCUCUUCAAGAAGCGUUUUCGAACAGUAUCACCACCGUCGAUAGCUAUCCUUAUUUUCUCACAUGGACAAUGCUUCUCUCCCCGUUAUCCCCCUUCUUCGUUUUGUUCUGCAAUGUCGUCGCAACGUCAGAUCAGCGAGACUUCGAAAUGAUCAAGAAGAUCACCGAUGAUCUAAGCCAAUUCACGAAGGCAAAUGCCUCAAUUGGCAAACUACAUGGCCUCUUUUCAAAGUUCCUUGAUCUGUGUGCGCCAUUGAUCAAACCAAACCAUGACAUGCUUGAGUCGAUGUCUGUUUUCUCGGUUGAUGGGAAGAUUCCUCAAGUAAACUCUUACCCAGAUGUAUACGGGCGUACUGGUGAUCAAGUGCUGCAUACACUUCCCAGUCCAAUGAUUAGCAGGGCAGCUUCUGGUAUGGGACAAGGACGGCCCGGAGAGCCACAGUCUGAGGGUUGGGAUGAUAGUCUGAUGUGGGAGUUAUUUGACAACCAGCCUUCGCUGGGAUGGGCAGAGUCAGAGUUGUGGGAUGCCAUGGCCCAACUGGAUGCAUCGUAG